CUCUGUUGAUAUAAUCUUAUCGUUUAUUUGAUUUAUUGGGUAAGUUGCUAAAAUUCACAAUAUUAAUUAUUUUCUGUUUAGACAAAAUAUUUAUAAACAUGUGACUUGCUAGAAAAGUAUCCUGUUUGUGACAUAAUUAAUAGCUAAAAUAUUUAUAAAAUAUAUAUAAACAAUGGUUUUUAUUACAGGACAAUGCCGUAUUUGGCUUAUAUAUACGACCAAAACCUUUUCAACUCUGUUUCGACCCUUUUGGUAUGGAAGUUCUGCGAGCAGUUCCCGAGCCAGAGACUACCUCCGAUCCGCUUCUCGGUAACUCACCUUGCUGUUCCUGCCUCGCCGUGGGUUCCUCCUGGUGGCAGCGGAAGUCGAUUGAUUUACACAGCAACCACCAUCACGAGCCACGGUGGUGGAUACGUGCGAUUCUGAAGAUCCGAGAGUGGUCGGAGAUCGUAGCUGGGCCACGGUGGAAGACUUUCAUCCGUCAGUUUAACCGCGAUCAACGCCGUGGCCGCGCCUGGGACAACAGCGCCAGACAUAAGUACGAUACUUCGAGUUAUAAAUUGAAUUUUAAGGAUGAAGGCGAGGACGAAGAGGACGAUGAAGCUGGAUUCGGAGGGUAUCGGAGCUUCUCUAUGCGCUACGCUUCUGUUCCGGUUGUUUUUGGAAAACCUCCGGCUGUUAUCAGCGUUGACUCCGUGAAAUAAUAUGAAUCUCUUAGGGCAUGUUCUGUGUUGUUAAGUUUGUGGCGGCCGCGUUGAAAAAGUCUCUUGCGUCAUGAGUUUGGCGUUUCCUUUGUUGAUUUCUAGACGUCAAGUUUGUUUUGGUUUGUCCGUUGAAAGUUAUGCCUCCUUUUAUGUAUCACGUGAAUGUAUAACGAGGGUCUAGUAUUUUCCAUUGUGUAAGUUUUAUUUUUAUCCACGGAUGAUUUGUUUUAUCGUUA